UUUGCUGGACACCACUAUGGUGAGUCUUUUUUCUUACUGCAGAUAAAUGAAAGCCACGCCAGUGUCUGGAAAAGAUAAGAGCAGGAGCGGAAGAAAUCUCAUUCUUCAUGUUGCAAUGAUGCAGAGAGAUCUCAGACAAUAGCAGUAGUUCUCCUUUAAUGUGGAAACGUCGAUACUGUUCUGUCGAGAGGAGAGGAUGAGGGGAGGAGGAAUGACACAGGCAGGAGACACGAAGAGCACCAUGUAGAAGCAGACCCACAGAAGCAUGGACUCGGCCUCAGCUUCAAACUUCGAGACAACAUGUAGGAUGCGCUGCUUUGACUGGCGUAUUCGCGUUUCUCUGCAGAAAUAAAACACAAACGCAGGGGCAGAACAUGGCAGACCUCUACUUCACACUGUGGAUUGCCACAGUCUUCACCACUGGGCUUGGCUGCCCUGAACUCUGUACCUGCUCAGAUAAAUAUGGCCACCAUUUUGCUGAAUGCUCCUACAAAGAUUUAGCCGAAGUCCCAGAUGGUUUGCCUCCUAAUGUUACAACUGUGAGUCUCUCUGCUAACAAGAUCAGUCUGAUAUCAUCAGGAUGUUUUGACAAUGUCACCAAGGUGAUAUCACUGUGGUUGGCCCACAAUGAGAUCAUCUCCAUAGAACAAGGGGCCUUUGCUCUCCUGGUUCAUCUGCGUAACUUUGACAUCAGCCACAAUAAAAUUAUUGACUUUCCCUGGGAGGAUCUGCAGAAUCUCAGAGCCCUGCACCUGCUGAAAAUGAACCACAAUGAGAUGGUCCACCUGCCCAGGGACACUUUCUCCAACCUCAAAGACCUGAGAUCCCUCCAACUCAACAAUAACAAAUUUAUAACCAUAGCUGAAGGGACGUUUGAUGGUUUGGUGUCUUUGUCACAUUUGCAGAUUCAUAACAAUCCUUACGCAUGCACCUGCUUGCUUGACUGGCUCAGAGAUUGGAUUUCAACAACUACCAUCUCAGUACCAGAGGUGAAUUUGAUAAUUUGUGCAACACCAGAGAAACUUAAAGGACAAAUGAUCAAGAAACUGCCUGAAUCAAAGUGCACAUGCCCAAAUGUCACAAUACGGACUGAGCCAAACAUCCACAACACAACUUUCUAUGAGGACAGUAGGUUGGUCCUGACUUGUGAAUUUAAAGGAAACCCAAAGCCACUGGUCAUGUGGAAUAUUCACAGUAAAAGCCCGACGCUGGAGCUGGCUUUGCCUUUCAGUGAAGAUGACUCAGCAGAAUCAAAGGAGGACUCUCGGCUGCCUCAUCAUCCUUUCAAAGUCUUUAGUAAGGGGACUCUUACAAUCUUACAGCUUAGGAAAGAGGAUGGUGGCAACUACAGCUGCUCAGCCACAAAUGAGUUUGGCAGAGCUGAGGAUACAGUGUCAGUGGAGGUUGUAGCUUCACCAAAACCAACACCUAUAAAACAAAAGAUCACAACACGUCGUUAUGCUAAAACAUACCCAUCUAUACACCAAACAACAAACAAAAUAUCUGAUUUUGAUUCUGUGCAUCUGCCACGUGUCAAGAAAAUAGACACGAACAUUGUACCAACUUUAGCGCGCACUGCAGAGUCUUAUGAGGAGGCAACAAUAUCUCCAUCACUUGCUAGUAAAUGUGGCUUGAAGGCUAAUACCAGAUACAUUUCUAUCCAUGUCUUAAAUGGAAGCUUGGAUGAUAUCAAGCAGUACACAUUUGACUUUGGUGUCAUUGCAUUAGAGGUAUCAGAAACAGAGGCAUCGGUGCAACUUAACCCUCUCCUCACACCCAGACACAAAAGCACCCACCGGGCCACCACAGCUGCCACAGCUGGGAGCUUCCACAAUGACAGCGAAGACCGCCAUGGCUUUUCAGGUGUCUCUGCAAAAGUCCAUUCCAAUGGUUUGUACCUGUGCGUCACUGAUGAUCGCAAACACUCAGCUGUGCAGUGGUCAAGGAUCAAGGAGGGUGUCCACACAUAUCUAUUCAGCGGUUUACUCCCUGACACCAACUACUCCCUGUGCUUGACCUACAGAGGAGAGAACUGUGAGGUCCAGGUGCUGUUCACAACCAGGAGGAGAGUUCCUAACCUGUUCAUCAUCAUCUCGGUCAGCAUCUGCCUCCUGACCGUGUCUACUGUGCCUCUGCUUGGUGCAACAUGCUUCCAUUUGGUGUACAAAUAUCGUAGCAAGACAUACAAGCUGAUCCUGAAGGCCAAAGACCAGUACCACAUGGAGAGGAACCUCAAUGUGACCUUUAACAUCCACUCACCUCAGACUGAGUCUCAGAGGAAGAUUAAUGGCACCCAGCAGGAUGAGGAGGAGGGUGACACUGAGAGCGGCGAUGGAGAGAAAGAGGCAGAUACAGAAGAAAGUGUGGUGACUGACUCAUUUACUUUGUCUCAGUGCAGAGGGAUGUUAGACGACUGUGAGGUUGGAUCUGAGUAUAGUGACAGGUUGCCAUUGGGAGCUGAAGCAGUGAAUAUUACUAGUCAUUACAAAUAUCCAAAUCAGUAAAAGUCGACAGUUUCUGAUGCAACUUGUAGGGGAUUUUUUGCAUUCAGAUUUUGUGCCAAAGGUUUGAUUCCCCUUUGUCUCACAAAAAUAGCCCAGAAAUAUUACUUUCACUAGCAAAGACCAUGCCAUCAGAGUGGAAGUAUAAAUAAUUUUAAUGAGUAGAUAAAUACAUUGAUAAAGGAGAGCUGCCUUGUAUCCAGCAGCAUGUCAACAGUAGUGUGGAGAACACUUUGAAGGGAACCAUGGCUACACCCAGAUGUGACACAUCCCCUUGUAAUAGAACAGAAAGACAGGGAGUAUGAGCAAAAGUGGCCGAAGUCAAGAGGUAGAAAUAGUGCUCACCAUCACCAGGGCUGCACAAUUCUUAAUCAUUUUAUUUAAAUUAUACAAAAUACUUGACAUUUUAAAUGCACAUUUAAAUCCAGAUCUACAUAAAAUACACUUAGAGAUAGACAAUCACGAGAUUGCCAGCCUGCCUUAUUUAAGUAAGUUCAGUACAAGUGCAGAAUUAAAAAAAAAAUAAAAAAAAAAAUAAAAAAAGCCUUCUCUGUUUACAUAAAGGAAUCCCAUAAACAAUUCCUGGCUCUGCCAUGUUCUUUGGUCUAUGGUCCAACGUUCCACCAAAUGUAAGGAAAAUCUGUUAAUAAAAGCUUUCACCUAACUAGAAAAAAAACAACAAACAAGACUUAAUGUUACAGCCACUUUUGAGCACCAGAGUCUUACUUUGUCAAAAUGUUCCUGGCCAUAUUCUCUAUCCUGUGGCUCUGUCAGGGCCCUUCCCACGGGUGUUUUACUCUUACUGAAGUUGUGUGAAGCUAUGUUGGGAAUUACAAACCUCAAACUUUGUGAGCUAAUGAAAAUGAUAAUGUUUUAAAUUGCCCCACCCUAACAGGUGCAACAAAACUAAUAAGAGAUUCAGGUAUCAUCUGAAAUCACCUAUGUACUAUUGGUUGGACUUUGGAUGUGCAGAGGGUUUCAUUUUUGAAAAACCUAAAAAAACAAGCAAACAAACAAAAGUCUCUGGUGUUACGUUACCAUGUCCUAGGUACAGUAAGUGUUUUCACAAGGUCAGACACCAAGCCUCCAUGCGUGCUCAAAGCAUCGUCAGGAUGGCCCUAAUAUACAGCUGGCAAUGAAAGUAAGAUGCAACCUAUACAAACUGACCUUGUGUCUGUCAUCUGGGGUCAGGAUGAGGACAGCUGACAAUAGAAAACACUGUAUUAAAACACAUGUAGCAAAGCAUGUGCUGCAAAUAAAGUGCAGUGCAAAAUUAUUAGGAAAAAUGUCAACUUGAUGUAGGAUGUAGUAAAUGCUAACUAAAUAUAACUUACAAAUAUUGUGCUUUAAACCACUCAGUAAAUUCAUGCUGUUGUGUUAGGAGUGCAAUAGCUUAACAGAAACUCUGAUAAAAGCAUUUAAAUGUUUAGAAAAACUGCUGUUUCAAAGAUCAAACUAGUGUGUCCUGUAGCUAUGAGAUCGUUGUCCAGUUAUACUGUGAACAUGUGCUAUGAAGACAACUGUGGUCAUCUAAAUGGGUCUUUCAAACAGGCCUUCUUUCAAUCACCCUAACAUCUCUCAUGCUAGUUCAAUGUGCACAGUAAGUUUAAUAUUAUCUACCAAGUCUAUUGUAGUGUGCAACAGCACAAGCACUUAUCAGUGUGUAUGUGAAGUCAUUGCUCUUGUUUUGUGUUGUGUUAAAAGAUCUGCUUGUGUUCUUGUGAGCUGCAGUAUACUGUGUACUAUGUGUAUGUUUUUGACUGAAAUAAUUUUAUGUCAUGUUUGCUGGUGGUUUUUUUCCCCAGUUUUGCCCCUGUAAAACCAGCCCUGUAAAAAGAGCAAGAAAAGAAACAGUAUGGUUUUAUCAAAGUGUUUAAAUGUCCUCACAGUCUCUCCUAAUCCUAUGUGCCUCAGUAGAGUUUCAUAUUCUGAUAAUUGUUUAUAUUUUUGCCUCCACAAAUUCAUUUCCAUACCAUGCUAAAUAUUUAGGAUAUCUAAAAUACAACAUAGAAAUACAACAAAAAAAAUCUGUUGCUUUUUUUGGUGUUUUAUACUAUAAUCAUUACAUAUUUGAAUAAAAUGAGGUAUUAAAUCAGUGCCUGUAUACAUG